CGAUCCUCUCCGACCAUCAAACCCAUACCCACAACCCACCCCCCCUCCUCUCCCCUACAAUCUACCUCUCUAUGACCUCGUAAAUUUCUGUCGCUUCUUCCCUACUACCCAUUAGACCUACCUUCAUGUGUUUCGUCAUAGACAUACCUUAAGAUCCAGUGUCUAGAAGCCAGCCAACCACCCCCGACCGCCGCCCAUCACAUCACAUCGCAUCACCGACCGACCCGGCCAUCACCAACCAUGACAUCCACCCAUCACCAUCCCCACUACCACCACCACGACACCGAAAGCCUCGACUACUCCUCCGACGGCUCCGACGAUGUGCCCUUCCUCCAGAACGCGCUGAAUCCCACCCGCCGGGUCAAACGAUACACGCGCCCAUUGAUCGACUACGUGCGCAACGAAUGGCAAUCCAACACCACCAAGUACUCGUCGGGGUCGUCGCCCGACCGCUCCGACACGCCCCGAUGGGUGCAGAUGGUCCUGUCCAUCGUCACGGCCCCGCGCUUCCGGCGCUAUGCGAUCAUCUACACCACACUGUUUCUGUCCUGUCUGCUGGGCUGGGAGUUCGUGCUGUCGCCGCGGUUGCAGGAGCACUCGGAGUUGACCAAGUCGCUGGACCCGAACUCGAAGGAGACGGUGGGCGGGUGGUACGGGACCAAUGCGCUCCCGAGCUUCGAGGGCGUCCUGCAGCUGAAGACGUUGGAUUCGUCGCUGCUGCCGGCGAAGGAGGCGCCCAAGGCGGGUGCGGAGAGCACGAGACGGUUGAUUGUGGUGGGGGACGUGCAUGGGUGCCGGAUGGAGUUGGAACGCCUCCUCGACGAAGUCACCUUCAAUGACAAGACCGACCACCUCAUCUUCACCGGCGACCUAAUCAGCAAGGGCCCCGACAGUCCCGGCGUGGUCGACCUGGCCCGGAAACACGCCGCCUCCUGCGUGCGCGGCAACCACGAAGAUCGCGUGCUGCUGGUGCGCCAAGAACUCGCGGAGAUGGACGCCAUGACGGACACGUCGGGCGACGAGUACAUGGACGGGCUGUCGACGUCCGGAGCGCAAAAGGAUCUCCAAUUGGCCCGCAACCUCACCGACGAGCAGGCGGAGUGGCUCGACGCCUGCCCCGUGAUCCUGAACGUCGGCCACAUCCCCACGAUGGGCCAGGUCGCCGUGGUGCAUGGCGGACUGGUCCCCGGGGUGGAUUACGACAAGCAGGAUCCGUUCAGCGUGAUGAACAUGCUGACGAUCGAUCUGGACACCCAUCUCCCGAGUUCCAGUCGCGACGGGAAGAAGUGGACCAAGUUCUUCAACAAACACCAAUCCCUCACCUACAAAUCCACCAAGCACGCCGACGCCCAGGCCACCGACUCCCAGGCCACGACCGUCAUCUACGGCCACGACUCCAAGUCCUCCCUCAGCAUCAACACCUACACCAAGGGUCUGGACUCGGGCUGCGUCAAGGGCGGGGAGCUGACCGCCUUGGUCAUCGCCGACGGCGGCGACCAGAAGGUCAUCCAGGUCCGGUGUAACAACUAUCUGGAGAAGUAGACUGUUCUUGGUGCCAAGUGUCUGUUUCAGGGCGAUGGUUUUUUUUUCUUCUGUUUCUAUAUAUACAUACAUGAUUCUUCUGCUGGUCUGGAGAGGAUGUAUCAAUGGCUUUCUUUGUUUCUGGGUUGAUUGGGUAACUUAUGCAUAUGCAUGUGCACGGCGUUCUUCUGAGGUGCGUGCGGUUUUAGAUUAGUGGAAUUAGCAUCGUUGAGUUGAGUGGAUGUAUUGUAUACAUUUCCCUAACCAUUGAGCCAGGGUAUCAGACCACAGUCUUCUGGUGGGAGCACCUCUAAACUACAGUGUAUACAAGCUAGGCUUGAUCAACAACAGCCAACCCAGAGCAAUUGAAAUACGUA